AUGUUUAUGACUUGUGUCGCAGAAGGAAAUCAAAUCAAAGCAAGCUAUUAUCAUACCCUUAUUAAUUUUUAUUUGGAUAACGAAAAAACCUUGAGAAAUAGAUUUUAUGCUAGUUUAGUCCAUCACAAGACUCUAGUUUCGGCCAGAUUUAUGAAAGAAUUGAAUAAUAUGGAAAAUCUGUUGGAUAACAUGUACCAACUGUUUUUCUACUCUGUAAAUAGAAAACUCGAUGAAUUCUUACUGCCAGGUACUUGGGACUACAUGAGAAAUACCAAAAUUACUCCUCAAAACUAUGUACUCUUCAAACAAGUUUCUCACUUUAUAUUCAAGGCCCUCAUGAAACACAAAUCAGAAGCUAUGAAAGCUCUAACUGACUGCCACAGCGAUGGAUACUUUAAACAUCAGAGAUUGUUUACAACAAUUUUAUCAGAAGGGUAUGCAUUUUUAUUCUUGAAACAGAUUCAAGAAGUGAGCUAUUCAAUGAUGGAAGAAAGUGCACUCAGAAUAACCUUAUUGACUGAAAAUGAAUUGUUUCCGUAA